GAAAAGGUGCUGAGAGGAAUUAUGGGAUGGUAAUGGAGGGCGCGUGAUUUUGAAGACAUACAAGUAUGCCUAAUCAGAUACCUGAUCCUACUGUUGAACAAAGCGGUGAUGUUAAUGACAUAUAUGAAGUAACAAGUCCACAAACCUCCCAAGAAAAAGCUAUUACAAGUACUAGAGAGAAAGAACAGAAAGGUGUUAGUUUAAUAACUCGUGAUCUGAUACAGAUAAAAGAAGAAUUGGAUGACUUCUCCCAUCAGUUGGGUAAUAAUUUAGAAGAUUCUAAACUUCCAGGCUUAACAAUUCUGGCUCCAUUGACAGAUCAUUUACCUAACAAAUCUGUUCCUACUGGGAACAAAACAUCCUUUGAAUUGGGAAUUGUCCAGGAUUGCAAAGUGUCAUUUCCAUUGAUGAAGGACACCAAUCAGGUCAGUGCUGAUAAAGAACUUGUUGCACCAUUUACUAUGGUGACACUUGCAACAGAGAUGAAUAACUCAACAGAUAAUGUAAAUACUAAUGUGCACUUUUCAGGAGAAACAUUACCAGUGACAGUUGUCAGUGCUGCUGGAAAUUCUGCAGUGAAUGUGAAUACAUCCAAACAGCAGGUGGUUAUUCUUCAGAAACCACAACCACCUAACCAUAGUUCUCUUUCAGUCUCACUUCCUACAGUAGUGGCCUCCUUCCAACCCGUUGGACAGCUAAGUAAGCCAGCCACUCUUGUGUGUUCUCAGCCCUCUACUGUAUGUACUUCAACAGUUUAUGUGCCUUUGACUGUAGGGAAAAAUUCUGAGAAGAUUGUUGUUCCUCAUUCCACAGUCACAAUUCCCCAGCAGACUCCACUUGUAGCUCAGACUGCACCCAAACGACCUUGUCUCAUGCCUAGUGGUCAGUCGGUUACAAAAAUCAUGCUUUCCAAAAAUUCAUUGGUGAGUAAUCAGUCUGGGAAUCCAGUUGCUGUUGCAGUCACUAAUGUGGCUACUGGGUCAAUAACCAGUCAACAACACACGAUCUUACUGGCCAGUCCAGGUAAAUCUUACUCUGUCACUAAACCUAUUACAUCCACUGGGCCUUCAGUCAUGCGUGGUGUUACUGGUAACUCCAACAAACAGGGGUUUUAUUUGCUGUCCCCUGUGAAGUCCCCAGGAACAAAAGUUACCAUGAUUCCUGUCUCUCUUCCCAAAUCACCCCAAAAAAUUGCUCCAGCUCCAGCAUGUGGGACAACAUCAAAUUUCCCAAGAGUUGCCAUAGCAACUGCCAUUGCUGGAGGAUCUACACCAACAGUAACUACUACAUGUACAGUAGCCAAGCAGACAACAAUGCCAGCGACAACAACUAAGGUUCUCUGGAAGACUGUUGUUCCAGCAACUGUGAAAUCAUCAACUUCUGCAGCAGGGUCAGUUCCUCAGACAAUAAAAUUAGUUGCUGCAAGUGGUUUACCUCAGGUUUUGAUGAAACCAGGUAAUUUACCUGCCUCUAACCUGUCAGGACCUGGAGCUUCACCUGUUGUAUGUCCAAUCCAGGUGCCCGGGAGUAAGUUCCCUUAUGUACGACUUGUAACAGCUUCUACUCAACAGACCUCAGUUUCCACGGUUGUAACACCUAGAACUGCCACAGUUGGACCUGUUAGUGGUAUCAGAAGCAUGGCUCACAGUGCUCAAGUAGGCACAUCUACUGUUCAAACUGUUGGAAUGUCAUCGAACCAGUUACGCUUUGCUGUUCCAAUUGUUCCGGCCAUCUCAGGACAUAGUCAGGUCAAGAUCUUAAGUAUUGCUUCUAAACCAUCAAGUAGUGCUCAGAGAGUCUUAUUUCCUGCAACAACUGUUACUACUACAUCCCAAGUUCAUCAUCCUGCUUCUAACAGUACACUUGGCAUUAGUCAACUCACUCCUGGAACCAGUGCACUUCUUUCUGGAAGUAACAACAUGACAGGCCUAGUUGUUUUACCUGCACAGUAUCUCACUCAGGUACAACAGGGUCAACAAGUGUCAUCAGGUGCUCUUUUAUCCACCAACUUUCUGUUGUCAUCUGGCCAAGGACAAAAUAUUCUACCAGUACCUGUAUCAGCUAAUACUGAGACUCCUAACAGCCACCAACAAGCUUAUAUUCCUAUAGCUGCUGCUACUGCACCUCCACAGGGCCUAGAGUCUGUAACACAUCAGUCAAAUCCUAUUCCUGCUCCUUCAAGACAUCAAGUUAAUGGGGUGGCUCUAGAUUGUAAAGAAAGAAGACCAUGCAACUGCAACAAAUCCCAAUGUUUAAAACUCUACUGUGACUGUUUUGCCAAUGGAAAGUUUUGUAAUAGCUGUAAUUGUGCAAACUGUUACAAUAACCUUGAUCAUGAGGAAGAAAGACAAAAAGCUAUCAGGUCAUGUUUGGAAAGAAAUCCAAUGGCUUUUCAUCCAAAAAUAGGAAAGUCCAAAGAAGGAGACCAGGAACGAAGACAUACAAAAGGUUGUAACUGUAAGCGAUCUGGGUGUCUAAAGAACUACUGUGAAUGUUAUGAAGCUAAAAUACUAUGCACCAACCUGUGUAAAUGUGUGGGAUGCAAGAAUUUUGAAGACAGUUCAGAACGAAAAACAUUGAUGCACUUGGCUGAUGCUGCAGAAUUCCGUGUUCAGCAGCAAGCAGUGGCCAAAACCAAAAUCUCCUCUCAGUUACAAGAUUUACCAAUAAGGCCACCUAUAUCAGCCUCAGGAGAAAGAUUACCCUUCUCCUUUGUGAAACAAGAAGUCAUAGAAGCAACGUGCCACUGUUUGCUAGCUCAAGCUUCUGAUGGAGAGGAAUCACAGUUAACAUAUGUGGAACUUGAAAAACUAGUUGUAAAAGAGUUUGGGCGAUGCUUGAUGCAGAUAAUAGAGACUGCAAACCAAACAAAAGAUCUUAUCCCAGAAACCUGAUUCACUGUGAAGUUAAGUGUAAUAAGUCCAGUUACAUCCUGCAGAGGAAAAUCAAGUGCAAAUUUUAGCUAGUCAGGAACAUUUCUACGUAAUAUGUGUGUGUGUAUUUCAGUAUGGUGGUUAAACAGAAGUGUAUUAUGUAAUGACCACAGCUUUACACAAUACUUGUAGGCUAUGUGGUAGACCUCCUGUGACCUAUAGAUGAGAAUAAUACAUCCAGUAGUAUAGAGUAAAUGUGAAUGCUGACAGCAUUCUCAGUCAAUUUGAAUUUGGAGUGAAAUAUUUGUAAAAUAUUAAGGUAUAUGCUAUUCAUUUAAGUGUGUUGUUGUUUGUACAGUGGCUAGAGUUUCAAGUUUUAAAACUAUUGUGUCUAUACAACAUUAAUGUACAUAUAUUGUGGUUUGGGUUUUCCAAAGUGAUGGAAAUCAGAUACAUAUAAAACCGAUAAGUGCCAUGGUAUUGUUUUAAAACCCACAGUUGUUUAUCAUGUACUUGUUUCCUCUCUCACAGAAGCCUUUAUUUUGUAUUGUUUUAUGUAUGUACUCAACUUCUUAUGGUGUUUAGAAAGGAAAGAAAACUGAUCUAAAAAAAGGUCUUGUGGUUCACUUGUUGCUUAAUAUUUAUAGUUUAAAUCUUGCUAUUACUACUAUGAUGUUUAUAUUGCAAAAUCUAGUAAUUGUAGUUUUAUGUGUUGCCUUUAUUUUGUGAGUAACUAUUUCUUAGCACAUAUUCUAAGCAGGUUAAAAAAAAGAAUUAUUGAAGCUCGGUUGCUUCAGAUCAGUAUUGUGUGUUUGGCUUAAAGGUUUGGUCUAAUUUUUUAUCAAAUAAUAAAAUGAGUGUGAUAUAAAGUUUUAGUAUAUACUGAUUGAGAUAGGUUCCUUAGUAUAAUCUGUCAUUAUUGUAAAACACUUAAUAAUAUAUUUAAUGCUUUUAAAAUUUACUAAUGUUUACUUUUUUAGUUUUUUAUAUAAAAACACAUGGGUUGAGCUUUUUUCUCUCUUAAGUGCAUUAUUAUUUGUUGCCAGCAUGAUUUGUAGAUUUUUUAUAUUUUAUGUUGAAUAAUAAUUAGAAUUUUGAAAGGAGGAAAAAAAAAAGUGUAGAGUAUUAUAAGAUUAUUGGUAUGUAUUUAUCUGCAUGGCAUUUUUGAAACCUGAAAUCCAUUUUUUUUUAUUUGCAUUGUGUAGUAACAUAGACACAUCCUUUUUACCUAAACAUCUUGAAAGAACAUUUGACACUUUGGAAAUCAUUUGUAGAGGAGUUUAUUCAAUGACAGUUUUUGAUAAUUCCAGAAGUAUUCUGCUUGUGAGAUGUAGUGUAGACAAGUUAGUACCAAUCCUGUUGAUCCAUGUGGGAUUUGAUUGAAUCUCACAUGUGUGGCCAAAAGCCAUGGUUUGGCAACCGUUUUUUUUGCUUAUAUGUAGUGUGAAAUGUGAAAAACUUGAUAAAGUUCAAUCUACUUCAGCAAUGAUUUCUUCCCAGCCUGAAAAAUGUUUUUUUCAAGCUGUUUAAACUCUCCUUUUGUAUGGGUCUGAAUUGUAUAAAGUGGAUGGUGUCUGAAAUACAAUUUAUUUUUUAUAUGGUUUAAGGACCUUUAAUUACAAAGUUUAUGCCUACCAUUGUAAGAAAAAAUGUAAUAUUAGUUGUUGUUUUUUUCAUAUUCUUUUGGCAUCAAGUUUAUGUAAAACAAAGAGUGAUAUAAUUUUUUGUUUUGGUUAAUUCUUUGUGACUGUUGAAUAUUUAGCAGCUUUUAAAACAGUAUCGGUCAUAAUUUAAGGUCUCCAUGGUUUGUGUUCAGUGAAGUUCUAAAUGUAGAUUUUUGUUUUUACAAAAUAUUAAGCCACAUUCACCAUGAUCAAAAUUAUUAAUUUUGUUAAUCAUUUAUAUGAUACUGUACCCAGUGUGUUGUAGGUACAUCGAAUAUGCUGUAAGAUAUAAUAAAAAAAAUACAAUGAGGUUUUAAAA